ACUCCUGCCUCCACCAUGUCCAUCAGGGUGACCCAGAAGUCCUACAGAGUGUCCACCACUGGCCCCGGGGCCUUCAGCAGCUGCUCCUUCACGAGUGGGCCCAGUGCCCGCUUGAGCUUCUCGAGCUUCUCCCGAGUGAGCAGCACUGGCUUCCGUGGUGGCCUGGGUGCAGGCUAUGCGGGGGCCAGCGUCAUAGGCCCGGGAGGCAUCACCGCUGUCACCAUCAACCAGAGCCUGCUGAACCCCAUUAAGCUGGACAUGGACCCCAACAUCCAGGCCGUGCGUACCCAGGAGAAGGAGCAGAUCAAGACCCUCAACAAGUUUGCUUCCUUCAUCGACAAGGUACAGUUCCUGGAGCAGCAGAACAAGAUGCUGGAGACCAAGUGGAGCCUCCUGCAGCAGCAGAAAACGGCUCAGAGCAACAUGGACAACAUGUUGGAGAGCUACAUCAACAACCUGAGGCGGCAGCUAGAGACUCUGGGCCAGGAGAAGCUGAAGCUGGAGGCGGAGCUUGGCAACAUGCAGGGGCUGGUGGAGGACUUCAAGAACAAGUAUGAGGAAGAGAUCAAUACGCGUACAGAGAUGGAGAAUGAAUUUGUCCUCAUCAAGAAGGAUGUGGAUGAAUCUUACAUGAACAAGGUAGAGCUGGAGUCUCGCCUGGAAGGACUGACUGACGAGAUCAACUUCCUCAGGCAGCUGUAUGAAGAGGAGAUCCGGGAGCUGCAGUCCCAGAUCUCCAACACCUCUGUGGUGCUGUCCAUGGACAACAGCCGCUCCCUGGACAUGGACAGCCUCAUCGCUGAGGUCAAGGCGCAGUACGAGGAGAUCGCCAACCGCAGCCGGGCUGAGGCGGAGAGCGUAUACCAGAUCAAGUAUGAGGAGCUGCAGACGCUGGCUGGGAAGCACGGGGAUGACCUGCGGCGUACGAAAACUGAGAUCUCUGAGAUGAACCGGAACAUCAGCCGGCUCCAGGCCGAGACUGAGGGCCUCAAAGGCCAGAGGGCUUCCCUGGAGGCCGCCAUUGCAGAUGCUGAGCAUUGCGGGGAGCAGGCACUCAAGGAUGCUCGUGCCAAGCAGCAGCAGCUGGAGGACGCCCUGCAGAAGGCCAAGCAGGACAUGGCACGGCAGCUGCGUGACUACCAGGAGCUGAUGACUCCAAGGCUCAAUGCAAAGAGUCAGGCUGCCCAUGGCUGCCAAAUCUCCGUCUUCCCGUCAUCUUUCUCAGAGAGGCCUACCGGCCCGCACACCUUCUCCUGCGCCCUGAAAGCCAUCGCCAGACCAGGGCUGCUUCUCUCAGAGCCUGGCCACCAUGAGACAGUGGGCUGUCCCCUGUCGACCAGCUCGCUGCAGCUGCAGACCGGGGCUCGGGGCCACUCAGAGGAAGACUGCGGGAAGAAGAGAGGGGGCCUCCGGGACCUCCUCUGGGAACAAUGGUGGGUGGACUGGAUCGGUGAAGAAAAGGUCACCUCACAGAUCCAAGGUGUCUGUGGUGACCCUAUGAAGAGCAUCGGAGGAUCCUCCCGGCUGACGGAGGUAUACCUGCUGCUCCCGGAUUCACUGCAGGAUGCAACUCUCGGGUCACAGGGGCCACAUCAUGGGGCUGAACAGCCGCUGGAUGGCUUGGACGCCGCGGCGUGGGUUCUGGUAUCACCCCCGCCAGGCAGUCGGCAAGGGGCCAGCACCUUAGUGAGCCAGCACGAUGUGCAGCCAGCACCCUGGGGUCUGCUCUGGAAUCCUCGCAACUCCCAGGUGGUCUCAGAAGAGCGGUUAAUGGGGGAAGCGCAGCAGCCGCCCGGUCUCCAGGACAAGCGCGGGGCCCUGGCGCCACCUGGUGCUCACACGGGAUAUGACCGUCAGCUCCGCGCCGCAGGCUGGGAAGGUGGCCCGGAUUCAAACGUGGACAGGAGCUGUGCCAAGUCAGCGUCUGUGCAAAGAAUUCUUGGUGGUGAAAUUAUGUUUCCAGGCUGUAGGGCUGUCACCUGCUGUAAGACAUUCCUGCUGGCCACGACCCUGCAGAAGGCAGAGCCCGGCAGCUGGAGGAGAGGGAAUCACGGCAGCCGCCCAUCCAUGUGCCCUGGCAUCUGA